UUUCGUUUCUUCUUGUUGUAUCACCAACAGCAUCUCUGGGUAUCCCUACCGUCGUGGCUCCUAUAGAAGCUGUAGAACGCUCAUACGUAGCUUCAAUAUUCGUAUCUGCAUUUGCUGUGGUAACUGACUAGUGAACUUCCUGACACAUUUCAUGGAUAUUAGCGCGAAUGUGUGAUCCAUGCAUGCGGUAUUCGAUAUUUGUUCGGCGGUUUUCCUCUGAGUUAUUGUUCAUCAACUGGGAAAAACACAAAUUAACGAUUUACUUGACGAAACACUACGCGUAACGACCAUUUGUGCAUUUGUUUAAUGAUCGUUGUAAUUUUUGCUCGUGUUUUCCAUAUUGUUGCGGUGCUUUACAGUGCAAUCGGGUCUCCUGUGUUGUUAGUAAUGCAUUAGCAUCGAACGUGAAAGAAAGGUAAAAGUGUGAAAAUCGAUUGUGUAACCGCUGGGACUCUAUCUCCAAGGCAACCUCAUUUUACGUGGUCUAGCUUCGAUCCACAGCAUCGCACAGUUCUUUGCAGCACAGCUCACCAAGUUCGCGGUGUGUUUAAAGUACCCUUGUAGUUUCUUCAACGAAGCGUGAUUGUGUUUCUUUGAUAAGCUAAUGGUGCCAGUGGAAAAGAUUCAAUUGUAAUUAGUGCUUUGCCUCCGGAUCCAUUAAGAAAUAGAUUAACACUUGUAAGAGGCAAAUUAUUUGAUUUGUUGUAUAUCGAAAAUGAAGAAGUACGUGUGCUUUGUGCUGCUGCUAUUUGGAUAUGGUGUUGCUGGUGUUGAUGACAGGAGUGUGAAAAAACGACAAAUUUAUCGUGAACAAGUUGUGCCUCAUGCAGGCGGAAAAAUUCCAGACUCAGCCUUCGACACGGAUCGCCUUUUACUGAAUCGAUUACAAAAGGAUGGUUUCGCCGUGCCAGAUGGAGUUAUUCUAGAGCAAAGAAAUCCCCAGGUACACCCUUACACUGCGAAAGCCAGUCGUCCAGUGUAUCACGUAGCACUCACAUCAGAUGGAAGAUACACACCAGUAGAAGGACGUUACCUUCACCCAUUCACGCCAUCGUUAGAAACUACUUAUCUUUACCCACAAGUGCAUGAUGAACCGAUUCGAGUCCCGUCUGAUUUACCCAAAUUCCCUGUUUACCGGAAGCUCACUUUCCCCAACGAAUUAGCGAUAGAUAAUACAAAGUUCUACUCGCCACCAAGCAAAUUGUCAUAUAGAUCGAAGCAUAAUCGAGGAUACCUGCCCAAUCACAGCGAUUUCAAGUAUAAUGCCAAACAUUACCCAACGGGAGGUGUUUCAUGGUCACAACUCCAUCAGGACUACGGUUCAUCCCGAAUAUUCACCGAUUUCGAUAGUUUCUUCAACGGAAAACAUAAUUUGCAUAAAGCGCCGUAUAAAGCGCGGGACAUUCAACGUCUAGCGACAAGAAACACGAAAAAGAUCAGUGGUGAGAGCCACACUUCGUACUUUACUUUUCGGAUCAUGAUAGAGCAACUUAACCCAGCGCACACGGUUAUGAACAUUUUAACGGAAAUUAACAAGAUACCUUCAAAAAUCCAGUUCACCAUGGAAAUGGAAGCAAAUGGACCCCCACUGUUCCUAGACCUGCAAAACAUAAACAACAAAGAUAAAUUCGAAUUAGAACUAUAUGGGAAACUUACAGCAAUCCAGACAACGGUAGCAAGGAUAAAAACAGCAAUGACCAUGCACAUUACCGAAGAAGCACAUAAGACGCAAUGUCGUCAGGUCCUGUUUCUUUCCCCGAAUCGAUUCAUUUUAUUGCUCCAAGACGCGCUAGCAUGUGGAAUUGCUCCAAACGUCGAUAGUGCUUGUGAAGUGGGGAUGAACAAUUGUUCUGUUGAAAUCUGCUUGAAAUGUUCUCACCAUCUAUCUGUCCUGGUUCGUCGAUCGGGCUACGGUUCUCUCUAUCAACCACAAGCAAUCCUGCUACAGCCAGCACCUAAGAAAGAAAAAGGCCAAGACUUGAGCAAAAUUCCAGGCGUUCCUGGAGUAGAUUAUCCUCUUUAUCAUGAAGUACCACACACGAACUUCAACUGCCACGAUGUUCCAGCAGUUCCCGGAAUGUACGCCAACGUAGAAACCGGAUGUCAAGCAUACCAUGUUUGUCACGAUGGUCGUGAAGGAUACCAAGGCGCUGCCUUUCUUUGCACCAACGGAACCAUUUUCAAUCAGAAAGAAUUCGCUUGUGAUUGGUGGUACAAUGUCAAUUGUGCUGAAGCAACGCAAUACUACCACCUCAACGCCGACCCAGAGCACAAUCCCUAUACGCCCAAAAAGAAGCCUGAAGAACCAGCAGACAAAUAUUUAUACCAUAUUUAACAAGCAACCCUCAUGGUAUUUCAAUUGUAUUUAAUCACCAUCCACAUCCGAGCGCUUUUCAAUAAAAUGACGUGAAAAGUA